GGUCCCGUGGGGCGUCGCGGAGUGGGAUAAAUAGGAUUUGCGCGUCUGUAUGUGGUGUGCGUGUGUUUCCGUGCCCGCGCGUGUUCUGUGUUGGGAGAUCCGCGCCCCUUCCUCUAUCACAUAACCGCCCCCUCGCGCGUCUGACCUGCUCCGUUACGUCACACAGGACCCCUCUGUGACGCCACUGGGUUCAUGGGGUUCCAUGAUCCCUUUAUUAUUAUUAUUUUUAAAGAUAGAAGGAUGCGGGAGGCUGGUUUUAGUUUAGAGGUCCCUUUUCUCUUUUUUACUCCCCUUUGCAUCUCUUCCUGUAGAGGGGCAGUGAGCUGUUCUGUGGAGCACUUCCCGCUGGUGGACCUCAAAUGGGGAGGUUUUUUUCUUUUUUUAUCCUUAUUUAGGCUAUAAAGGGGCCCAUAGCUCACUGCUAGAGCACACGGAGGUGGCACCUGCAGUUUCAAAGGGUUACAUAGCAAGUGAUCUGAGAGGCUCCUUUCUGCUUUGGAGUGUGCCUACUGGUUAGAAUAGGUGAUACUGGUGGAUUUAUAGUCUUACUUGAUCCUAAGUCAGACCUCACCUGGAGUACUGUGUCCAGUUCUGGGCACCACAGUUCAAGAAGGAUACUGACAAGCUGGAACGCACCCAAAAUGGUCAAAGGCCUGGAAACAAUGCCUUAUGAGGAACGGCUUAGGGAGCUGGGUAUGUUUAGCUUGGAGAAGAGAAGGUUACGGGGUGAUAUGAUAGCCAUGUUCAAAUAUAUAAAAGGAUGUCAUAUAGAGGAGGGUGAAAGGUUGUUUUCUGCUGCUUCAGAGAAGUGGACACGGAGCAAUGGAUUCAAACUACAAGAAAGAAGAUUCCACCUAAACAUUAGGAAGAACUUCCUGACAGUAAGAGCUGUUCGACAGUGGAAUUUGCUGCCAAGAAGUGUGGUGGAAUCUCCUUCUUUGGAGGUCUUUAAGCAGAGGCUUGACAGCUAUAUGUCAAGAAUGGUUUGAUGGUGUUUCCUGCUUGGCAGGGGGUUGGACUGGAUGGCCCUUGUGGUCUCUUCCAACUCUAUGAUUCUAUUAUUCUAAGUAACUUCCUGUUUUCGUGUGCAGAUUUGAUACAUAUUUCUUGAUACUUAUUUGCUGUAACUUGCUUUUGUUGUGCUUUUCUGUUUUUGUUUUUUGGAAUAAUCAACAUGGACCACAAAGGAUAUGUACCAAUAAUUGGUGCAAUGCUUGCUUUACAGGUUGUUUGAGUUAAGUUUUGUAUGUUAAUCUGUUAUAGCAAAAGCUGAAGCACAAAGCUGCCUUUUAAAGGCUAACUGAUUUGUGUGGUAUAAUCUAUAUUGUGCCAGAGCUACCCCUCUCAGUUGCAGAUUUUGGUCUCUGAGCAAGAACUUACCUUUUACAGUUCUUUCUUCCUCUCCUAUCCUACUUCCAAAGGCAAGAGAAAGGCAAUACACCCCUUUCUGGCAUUUGGACUUUCCAGAAGGCUUGUGGACACAAUGACAAAGUACACACUGAUUGACGAGCAAGACAUUCCACUUGUGGAGAGUUACUCUUUUGAGGCUCGAAUGGAGGUCGACGCAGAUGGAAAUGGUGCUAGAAUAUUUGCCUUUGCGUUUGACAAAAACCGAGGAAGAGGGUUCGGACGCCUGCUGCAUGAGUUACUGUGGUGGCUCGUCUUCUCUUUCAGGGAGAGGCAUCGAGGGGGCAUUGCCCCUGGCUUUCAAGUUGUGCAUUUGAAUGCAGUGACAGUGGACAAUCGUCUAGACAACCUGCGAUUGGUUCCAUGGGGAUGGAGGCCCAAAGCCGAAGAAAUCUCUAGUAAACAAAGGGAACAAAGCUUAUACUGGCUGGCGAUCCAGCAGCUUCCCACAGACCCCAUAGAGGAACAGUUUCCGGUGCUGAAUGUGACACGCUAUUAUAACGCUAAUGGGGAUGUUGUGGAAGAAGAGGAGAGUUCGUGCACAUACUAUGAAUGUCACUACCCUCCCUGCACAGUGAUUGAGAAACAGUUACGUGAAUUUAACAUCUGUGGGCGGUGCCAGGUCGCACGGUACUGCGGCUCGCAGUGCCAGCAGAAAGACUGGCCGGCCCACAAGAAGCACUGUCGGGAGAAGAAGCGAGUCUUCCAGCAAGAGCUUGGACCAGAACGAUGACCAGCUGGCUGAGGCCUUAGCCCCACAGGGCACCUUCCCAGAAGGUUAAGGAGGAAGUGCCCACUUUGCACGGACUGCUCACUUGAAGCCAGAGGCACUGACAAAAAGGAGAGAGAGAGGAGAGAGAUUUUUUUAUAUAUAUAAAAAGACAAACCAAUCCCUGUGAUGCUUGAGGAAAGGGACUGACUCUUCCCUUCCAGUGUUAAAAAAAGAAAACGUCUGAAGCAAAAAAGACUACUGGGGAAGCUCUCCUGCUUGGAAGCUUUCUUUUAUUUAUAUGUUAAUAUGUUUGUAAAGUUGUGUACAGAGGUUUUUUUGUUUUUGUUUUUGUUAGAAGUUCUCUUGCAUAGGACUCAUUUACUGUAAUGUUCAAGUGAGAACACAUUGUUGGUUGAAAUAACUGUCCAGUAGCAAAAAGAGAAACAAAAAAAGGCUUUUCCUCCCCCUGUGGCUAGGAGAAGGCCUGGGGAGCUAGCUCAGAACAUCAGCAGUUAAAUCUGAACAACUCUGCAUGGAAAGUUGUGUUUUCAAGUAAAGGAUUGGAAUGGA